UAUAUUCGCCUUCGCCAUUCGGGAUUCGGUGUUCGCGCUUUCGAUGAUCGUACGUUUACGUAGCAUCGGAUCGGAGCAAGGAGAUUGAACGACGUAGGACGACUUUCGGCGACGCGACGGUGUCGUUUCGCACCAUGCUACGGCAGCAUAGCCUCAGCCUGUGCCUGGGUAUGGGUAGACAUUGAGAAUUGAGAUUACGAUAGGUCGAUGGGCGAGUGCAGUGUGCUACAGUAUAAUCGCGAUCACAGUACGCAUGGUCCAUGGUAUCGCUGAUAUUUUAACAUGUUGCAUUCGCGUACCGGCGGUGGCGAUUAUUAGUUAUUAGUUAUUACUAAAUCGAGUAUUCGUUUUUCGUUUCGCUCGUAAAAAUCGCUAGGUACCAUAAGUACGAGUACUUCGAUACGAUAAUAUACACGUGUUUUCGUCUUCGGCCGCGAUAACAGUUUAUGGUGCUACAUUGUGUAUUGUAUUUUUUGUGUAAGAAUAUUGUUCAAGUGCUUACGAGUAAGAUGUGACUGUGAGCGAAACGCUGAAAAUAUGAACAAGCCAUCGUAGAAGAGCCUCAUAAAUACGAGUACGAGAGACGAGAGCUAGUAUAGAUUUCGAGUGGACCAGUUUGUGACCGUGAACGAGACCGUGACCGUGAUCUUGACAGUCGCAGUUGGUCUUUUGCCAAAGGUCGAUUCCUAUACAGACGCCGACGAUUAUGACAUCAAAUGACAACUUAUUUCAAGACAAAGCAUCGGCGAAUCACCGGCAAUCUUCGCUCGAAAAUGAAAUUUGCUUUCUCAAUCAAGGCGAAGAAGACGAGAUGGAGAUCUACGGAUACGAGCGCAGCAUCUUCGGCACCGCGUUUACCUGGAUUCUGAUCAUUUUAUCAUUGGGUACGUUGAGACUAGUCUUUCAUUGGUAUGAACAUUGGAUGUUGUACAGCACGCAUCGAAAAUGCGCUUUAAAAUUCGCAGAAAGCGUUCUAGUUAUUGACAGAUACCAACAGUGCCAUACAACGUAUUUUGUCAAAAAAGUCGAAAGAACCAGUUUGGAGAAGCUUAGCGCAGAGGACGUGCAACGUGUCAGUAAUGAUGAUCUGGACGAUAGGACAGUGGCUCAGUUGGCGCACGAAACUCGAUCUUUAGUGAGGAUAUAUUUCAACGAUGGAUCCUUUAUCGAUGAAAGCGAUUUGAUCACAAUCUCGGUAAAGAAACUCAGAUACGUUUGGCGCGAAGAUGAAAAAAAAUUCAGCAAAAUUGGCGGCGUUGAAAAAAGUUUGAGUAAAGCAGAUUUUCACAACAUGAUAGGCUAUUCUAAGCAAGAUCAACUUUUAAGGCGAGUGGUGUAUGGCAAGAACGAGAUUCAAAUCCAAUUGCAAUCGAUCGGUGUGCUCAUGCUGCUGGAGUUUCUCAAUCCAUUCUAUAUAUUUCAAGUAUUUUCGCUCAUUCUGUGGUUCGUCGAAUUGUACCUGUAUUAUUCAUUCGCCAUUAUCGCGAUGUCGUUGUUUGGUAUCAUUUCUUCAGCUGUGCAAACUCGAAAAAACCAAAAACAACUAAAUACGACGGUCCGAGCCCAGGGUACGGUAACCGUAUGUCGAAAAUUGACCGACGGCAAAAAUCAGACAGCCGAAUACGAGCAAGUCGCCAUCAGUGACCUGGUGCCAGGAGACGUUAUCGAAAUUCCCAGAAGCGGUUUUGUGGUACCUUGCGACGCUGUGCUUCUUUGUGGCAAUUGCAUCGUAAACGAAAGCAUGUUAACUGGUGAAAGCGUUCCGGUGACCAAAACAGCACUACCGAAUGUAGGCUCCGGCUAUAACGAAAAAGAAGAUCAAAAUCAUACGCUGUUCGGGGGCACCCAAGUGCUUCAAGCCAGAUAUUACGCAGACGAAAAUAUACACGCGGUUGUACUGCGAACUGGCUAUUUAACCGCCAAAGGCAAUCUGGUUCGUUCCAUUUUGUAUCCUAUACCGCACGAUUUUAAAUUCGAUCGAGACAUUUAUAAAUUCGUGUGGGCUUUAGGAGCGGUUGCCAUCAUCGGUAGCGCGUACAGCGCUUUCAUCAAGAUUGUCCAUAAGGCUGCCUUAUUCGAAACCAUCAUCGACUCGUUGGAUAUCCUUACGAUUGUCGUUCCUCCUGCGCUGCCAGCUGCCAUGACAGUGGGAAAGUAUUAUGCUCAAAGCAGACUUCAAAAGCAGAGAAUCUCUUGUAUGAAUCCGUCCGUGAUCAACGUUUCCGGCUCUAUAAAUUGUAUAUGUUUCGACAAAACGGGCACAUUGACUGAAGACGGUCUCGAUUUAUACGGCGUGAUACCAGUACAAAAUAAACAAUUGGGGCAAUUGGUUAGUAACGUUCGCGACACCGAUGUGGAUGUCCAUUUGCCUACAACUUUCAUCGAAGCCAUGGCUACCUGUCACUCGUUAACUUUGAUAGAUAGUGUCAUUUCCGGAGAUCCUUUAGAUGUUAAGAUGUUCGAGGCGACCGGAUGGAUUUUAGACGAGACUGAAUUGACUGAUACGCUCAAGUACGACUUACUGGCUCCAACCGUUGUGAAAGCUCCAUCACCUUUAUCGUCGCCUGCAACUUCGAUACCGACAUCUCCUUCAUCAUUGUCGCUUUCGGCGACUUUGGCUGACGAUCGUGAAGUAGGCAUCAUACAUCAAUUUCAGUUCUCGUCACGUUUGCAAAGAAUGAGCGUGAUUACCAAGCAUUUAAAUUCCAAAGAUUUCACCGUGUAUUGUAAAGGAUCGCCUGAGAUGAUCGAAUCGCUUUGCGAGCCAAAUUCCGUGCCACAAAAUUUACACAGCGUAUUAGAGAAGCAUACGGAGAAAGGCUAUCGAGUAAUCGGCGUCGGUUACAGAACGUUUCCAUCCAUCGACAUAAUAAAACUCAAACGACUCCACAGGGAUGAAGUGGAACGUGACUUGAUCUUCGUCGGACUUGUAAUUUUUGAAAAUAAAUUAAAACCUCAAACCGUUCCAGUUAUUGCUGAUUUAAAACAAGCUCGCAUGAAGCUGGUCAUGUUGACAGGUGAUAACAUUCAGACAGCCAUAUGUGUCGCUAAAGAAUGCGGAAUUAUCGCGAGAAACGAAUUCGUCGCUACUUUAAAUGUAACCGAGACCAAUGGUCGAAUCACCGAUGAUGCCCACAAUCGGUCCAAAUUAACGUACACGAUACGAGGCGGUGGUUCUGGGGCCAUUCAUACAGACACCAUUACCGCAGCUGAUUCGUCAAAAUUUCUGACGAUGCCUCAAAAUAACGACAAAGGCAGCAGCGACGUUGAAAUGGGACUAAAACAGCGGAACGAUUGCAAAUUCGCGUUAACCGGUCACACAUGGAGUGCAAUUAGGCAACAUUAUCCGGCCAGUGUGGCGACUGUGCUAGCCAAUGGUGUGGUUUUCGCUCGUAUGUCCGCCGAUCAAAAGCAACAAGUGAUACAAGAGUUGCAAAAUUUAGGGUUUUAUGUCGCGAUGUGCGGAGACGGAGCCAACGACUGCGGGGCUCUAAAGACAGCUGACGUGGGUAUUUCGCUCUCUGAGGCGGAAUCCUCCGUAGCAUCACCGUUCACUUCGCAACAGGCGGAUAUCGGUUGCGUACCAAAGGUAAUCCGCGAAGGACGAACCGCAUUGGUCACCUCAUUCGGCCUGUUCAAAUUCAUGAUCCUGUACAGUUUGCUGGAAUUCUUCUCGACAGUGCUUCUGUACGGCGAGCGGAGCGCCUUAUCUGAUUUCGAGUUCCUGUACAUCGAUGUCUUCCUCAUCGUCGUAUUCGCCUUCUUCUUCGGUCAAAGUAAACCUUACGGUGGCGCUCUGGUCCCACAAGCUCCCUCUUCUAGUCUUCUAUCCGCAGUUCCCAUCUUAUCUUUACUUCUGCAAACCGCCCUAAUGGUUAUGGUGCAAACCAUCUCGCUGCUUCUGGUCAAAAAUUUCCACUGGUACCAGCUGGCUGCUCCUUUAGCCGUUCGACACGAAUUCGAUAACUACGACAAUUACGCCGUAUACACGGUGUCCCAAUUCCAAUACAUCAUCUUGGCGGUGACUUUUUCAGUAGGCAAGCCUUACCGCGAACCUAUCUACAAGAACGCCGGCUUGUUUUGGUCGCUGACCACGAUGACUCUGGUGUCCUGCAUUGUAACCGUCACUCCGCCCGUUUUCCUACAACACCAGUUUCAACUUAAAAUGCCACCAAGUCUCGACUUUCCGCUCAUAGUGGUCGGUCUGGCCGCCAUAAACGCUGCUGCCAGUUUACUCAUCGAAGACGUGCUCGUCAAUAUCGUUCUAGUGAAGUUUUUACAGUUCCGUGAUCGGCGUCGCCUUCGCAAAAUCCACUCGGAAUAUGACCAGGAUCGAUCUAUCUGCAAAUCCAACUCCAAACAGCAAAUUUAUUCGUCCGAUCAACAUUUGAUGCAGAUGGGCCCCGGAGCUAAAUACUAUGGCACUAUGGGCAGUUAUAAUUUCAUUUGAGAAGCGCCCUUACUGGGCAUGUAUGUACUUACUACCUCCGUGUCCCCCAUACCAGGUGUAAUUGCACAUUGUGUGUUCUUAUUGCCCUUUUUAUACCUUCACCAACCCACCCAUUCUCAAUUUUGAUAUCAUAAUGUACCUCUUGUGUUACCUUCUAUAUUACCUAUUUAUCUACAUGCGAUUUCCCUUAUGAUACCUACCUGUCUAGCGAGCUAAGAUGAACUGUUUGUACAUAAUUUUUAUUUUUAUUACGCGAUCUUCAUUUUGUCUAUUUUGUGUUUUGUUUUUUCGUUUGUUUGAUUGUUUCUUUUUUUUAAAAAUCUCGAAUAAAAUACGAUGUUAAUGUU